UAAUCCAUUAUUUCACUUCAACGCUUAUUUAUCUCUCUCAGUUCUCAACCAAAAUUUAGUGUCUUUGGUUUUGUUAGCUUUCGUCUACCUCUUUUAGAGUCCAGAGAGUCGAAAGAAAAAGGUGUCACUUAUAUGAUUAACCUACUAAACAAAUCAUAUAAAUAAAUAAACCUUUUAAUUUUCAGGCGAGCAGAGAGAUUAUACCAAAUAUGAGUCCAAGUUUUGAUUGCAUGGAUCUAGAGGCAUUAACAUCGAACGCGAAGCAAAUACAAGACGAUGUAUUGAAGCAGAUACUCACACUUAACGCCAACACUGAAUAUCUCCAACGUUACCUCCAUGGAAGUUCUGAUAAAGAGCAUUUUAAAAAGAACGUGCCAGUAAUUACCUAUGAAGAUGUUAGCCCUUAUAUCGAACGUGUUGCCAACGGAGAACCUUCAAAUGUCAUUACAGGCAACUCCAUCACUGGAUUUUUCCUAAGUUCCGGAACAUCAGGAGGAAAACAUAAGAUAUUUCCUAUGAACAAUAUCUUCUUUGAGAACCUAUUGCUAUACAAAGCUCUUUCGUCCCCCUUUGUAUCCAAGUAUAUGGAUGGGGCCAAGCGAGAAAAGGAGAUGAUGUUUGGUUUCACUAGACCAUUAUCCAAAACUCCUUCUGGUCUGCCAGUUUCUGGGGGUGUUUCGAGUUUUUUACAGAGCGAUUAUUUCAAGAACCAACCAUCAGAGCUGUAUUCAAGCCCCAUUGAUGUCACAUUAUGCCCAGACAACAUACAUAGUAUGUAUUGUCAUCUUCUCUGUGGACUCGUCCAGAGAAACGAAAUAACAAGUAUGAGUGCUUACUUUGUUUCUAUCUUGGUACGUGCCAUCAAUUUUCUUGAAACUCACUGGAGAGAGCUGUGUAGUAAUACACGAUAUGGUCAUGUUAGCGAGUGGAUUACAGACCAAAAAUGCAGGGACUCUGUGACUAUCAUCCUUGGAGGGCCUAAUCCUGAAUUAGCAAAUUUUAUUGAGUACGAAUGCAACAAAAAAUCAUGGCAAGGAAUAAUCCGACGGCUUUGGCCCAAAGUCAAAUUUAUCGAUUGCGUUGUUACAGGAUCGAUGACUCAGUACAUCCCUACAUUGGAUUUUUACUCCAACAAACUUCCCAUAUAUUCUGUGCUCUAUGCGUCAUCGGAAAGUAUAUUUGGGAUCAACGUUGACCCGUCAUCCAAACUAGAAGAUGUCUCAUACACAUGUCUACCCAAUAUGUCUUAUUUUGAGUUCAAACAGAUUGACGAGGAAAACAAGGAUGACAUUGUUGAUCUGGUGAACGUUAAGCUUGGUUGCUACUAUGAGCUACUAGUCACAAAUUAUUUUGGUUUACACAGGUAUAACAUUGGAGAUAUUUUACAGGUGACUGGGUUCUAUAAUAGCACACCUCAAUUUCGAUUCAUACGUAGAAAAGAAACGGUUCUUAGCAUUCAGACUGAGAUAACAAUUGAGGAGCAUAUUUUAAAGGCGUUGUAUCAUGCGACACUGGUUCUUGAAUCUUCGAAUUUGAUGUUGAUGGGUAACACAUGCUAUGAAGAUAUUUCUACGAAUCCAGGUCACUAUGUUUUUUACUGGGAACUCAACAACAAAAACAUCGAUGGUGUUGAACUUGAUAACAAAGUAUUGGUGAAAUGUUGUUGUGUGAUGGAGGAAUCAUUAAGUCCUCUUUAUAAAACAUUUAGGAGUAAAGAUGGAUCAAUCGGAGCUCUAGAGAUAAGAGUGGUGCAACAAGGAACGUUCGAUUCCCUCAUGGACUUUUUCGUUUCAAAAGGUUCUUCGAUAUCACAAUACAAGACACCUUUAUGCAUAAAAUCUUCGGAGGCUUUAACAGUUCUUGAAGACAAGGUUCUUGGUCGUUUCUUUAGCGAUAAAUGUCCUCCUCUUUGAUCAUAUCAUAUAUGAUCUGUUUGGAAGAUGAUGAUGCUAUCUUGUGUGCGCGUCUUAAAAGUGUGGUUGAUGUAUUUAUUACUGUAUAAACAAAAGUGUGGUUGAUGAUGCAUUUGUCUUAAGUAAAGAUGUGGUUUUGUGUGUACUA